AUGAUACUAGGUUCUAGGUUGGGUUCACUUGGGGCCUUCCUCGGGGUUGGCGCCUUUGGGGACUUUGGGGCCUCUUCUUUUAGUUGGGUCUUCAAGGGUCGCAACCGCCAGACGGGCGAACUCGUGGCGCUAAAGGAGAUUCAUCUCGACUCGGAGGAGGGUACCCCAUCGACGGCGAUCCGCGAGAUCUCCCUUAUGAAGGAGCUGAAGCACGAGAACAUUGUCGGCCUGCACGACGUCAUCCACACCGAGAACAAACUGAUGCUCGUAUUCGAAUACAUGGACGGUGACCUGAAGCGAUACAUGGACACGAACGGCGAGCGCGGCGCUCUCAACCCCGUCACCAUCAAGUCCUUCAUGUACCAGCUGCUCAAAGGCAUCGAUUUCUGCCACCAGAACCGCGUUCUGCACCGCGACCUGAAACCCCAGAACCUGCUCAUCAACGGCAAAGGCGUUCUCAAGCUCGGCGACUUCGGCCUGGCCCGCGCCUUUGGCAUCCCCGUCAACACCUUCUCCAAUGAGGUCGUCACACUUUGGUAUCGCGCCCCGGACGUCCUGCUCGGCAGUCGCACCUACAACACCAGCAUCGACAUCUGGUCCGCCGGCUGCAUCAUGGCCGAGAUGUACACCGGCCGCCCUCUCUUCCCGGGCACCACAAACGAGGACCAAAUCACCCGCAUCUUCCGCAUCAUGGGCACCCCCACCGAGCGUACCUGGCCCGGUAUUACCCAGCUCCCUGAGUACAAGCCCACCUUCAACAUGUACGCCACCCAGGAUCUACGCACCAUCCUUCCAGCCAUCGACCCCACCGGCAUCGACCUCCUCCAGCGCAUGCUACAGCUCCGCCCCGAAUUGCGUAUCAGUGCGCACGAGGCUCUUCAGCACCCUUGGUUCAACGAUCUUGUCAUUCAGCAACAGCAGCAGCAGCAGCAAAUGCACCCUCACCAGCAGGCCAUGCAGGCCCAGGCUCAGGCUCAAGCUCAGGCUAGGGCCUACCAGGGGGUGCCUGCGCAAGGGUACGAUGGUUACUAG